AACACACACACACACACACACUCACACACGUUGUUUUCCGAGGUUUUGUCUUAAUCAAGCGCUCGAAAUCUCCUCCCAAAUCGUACGUUGCCGGAGCUAAUCCCACGGCUUUUCGAUCGUUAAACAUGGACGGCGACGAUUUAUCCGGCGAGAUAAUUGCUGAAGCCAAAGGGUUAAACCCGGGUCUGAUCGUGCUGCUCGUUGUUGGAGGUUUGCUAUUGGCAUUCCUCAUUGGAAACUACAUGCUCUACAGGUAUGCCCAGAAGAACCUUCCGCCCAAGAAGAAGAAGCCCGUCUCCAAGAAGAAGCUGAAGCGCGAGAAGCUGAAGCAGGGAGUUCCCGUCCCGGGAGAGUAAGGAUCGUUGUUUCCCUCACUAAGCUCAUUCGAAGCUGGAAACCGAUGCAUCCGGUGUCUGAUAAAUUCACCCUUUUUCGGGUUUUUUCUUUUCGUUCCCUUUAGUUUUUUUUUCUUGUCAUGAGAAUUUAGAAUGGCUCUGAAUCUAUUAUGGUUCACAUCGAGAAUAUUACGAAACAGGAUGACCCUUUGCUUGGGAGUCAAAGACUUCAAAUAUUUUGUCUGUGUUUCUCACUCUCCUGAUUGCAGCCGUAGAACCUUUCAAUCUUAGCUCGGAUCAGAUCCUUGGAACCACUAAAAUCUUCUUGUUUAGUUUUAGUUGACUAUGUUGUUCCCGGA